CCUUUUCCCCUAAUCAUCACAUAAUCAUUGUUCUUCACUAAAAUCAUCAUCACACACACAUACACAUAUCUAUCUCUCUCUUUAUAUAUACUAUUCAUCUCAAAGUGGAUUCUAUGGAUAAUAGAUCGCCAAGAUCAAGAGGAAUAUUGGGUCCUAGACCAACACCAUUAAAAGUCCGUGGAGAUUCGCACAAGAUCAUCAAGAAGCCACCACUGGCGCCUCAGCCGCAACCGCAACCACCACAAAUCCAUCAGCAAGAACCGUCGCAACCGCAGCCUCCACGUGGUCCCGUUAUCAUAUACACCGUAUCUCCCAAGAUUAUACAUACACACCCUAAUAACUUCAUGACAUUGGUUCAACGUCUCACAGGUAAAACCUCUACCUCCACAACAUCAUCCUCCUCUUCUUCAUCUACGUCAGCACCAAAAGACACGUCAACAACGAUUGAUACAUCUCAUGGUUUGAUAUCUCCGGCGGCUCGGUUUGCUGUUACAGAGAAUGCUAAUACAUCAAACGAACUAGGGACAUUUGUGGGAGGCGUAGGGGCUAUGGAUCAAUAUUAUUAUCAUCAUCAACAACAACAACAACAUCAAAAUCGAGGUUUCGAAAGGCCAAGUUUUCACCAUGCUGGGAUUUUAUCGCCGGGACCUACUUCUCUGCCGUCGAUAUCACCGGACUUCUUUUCCACGGUUGGACCAACCGAUCCACAAGGUUUUUCGUCGUUCUUUAAUGACUUUAACUCUAUCCUUCAGAGUAGUCCAUCGAAGAUACAGUCUCCUUCUUCUAUGGACCUUUUCAACAAUUUUUUUGAUUCUUGAUUGAGUUAUUAUAUCUAGUUGAACUAAUUUACGAGUCUUAUAGGAAAAAACAAAAAAAGGUUAUAUUUUACGUUUUUCAUCAUUUUUUAGAGACACUCGGAUGGAGUUAGAGGGUUUCUACUUCUGCAUUUCGUGAUGAUGACGUCAUUUGUUUACAUCAAUUUGCCAAUUUGAUGAUAUGUGUAUUCUUGUUUGGUGGGCUUCCCACAUAUACUUUAAAGUUUAUGUUCAAUGAAUCUUGUCCCUCUCCUUAACUGCUAUGUGCUCAUCAGCUUAAUUAUCCAAUAGUGGGGCAUUAAAUUAAUUUACUUUGU